CAGUGCUCAGUUGCCUGAGGGCUGGGGAGGAGGCAAUAAGAGAAGGAGGCUGAACCACCACCCCUCCCCCACCGGCCAGUCCAGUAGAUUGAGUAGAGUGAUUCAGAAGAUGGAGGAGAAUGUCUUUUCUCUGAGAAGCAUUAGUGCUACCUGGCUGAGCACCACACCCACUCCCUGGGUGAUUGAGAUCUUCCUCAGCUUUCUGUGUGGACUGGGACUCUUUUUCUUGUUACUCCCCUGCUUCUCGAGUAAUCUGUCCUCACCACCACCCAGGAAGCACAGAAACAUCAGGAAGCGUCAUACAGAGCUGAGGGGAAGGAGCAGCAGGACUAGGAAGAAAAGUGGAGCUUUGAGAGCUUGUAGAGACUGCCUGAAAGAACUGGAGGAGGCUCGGGACCUGGCUUCACUUCUGCAUAGCCACCUGGGGAAGCUCCCUGACAAGGGUGGCUUUCAUCAGCUCUCAUGUGAAGAACCCCCUGGCAAGGUGUGUAAAACAGCGCCUGCUGGAGUCAAGUGGCCAUGCCAGGAGCGUGUAGAAGAGGUUGCUCCCACCGUGUCCCUCUUGGCUUCCCCGGCUCCUCUGAGCAAGCACACUCUACCUCUGGCCUCCACCCUUAGGCUGGACCCAGUGACCUCAUCAGUUUCUGUUUGUUCCCACUCAUCCUUGAGUGCCUCUUGGCUACCAGAGCCUUUCCUUCCCCUGGACAGCCUUUCACCCUGGCCACUCACUCUUUCCCCUCCCCUGCCAUGCCCCCCUGAUUCAGAGGCCUGCCCUCCACCUCCGACAGCUUCCUCUGCCCCCCGACCACCAGACUCCAUUCUGACUCUUGCUCAGUGUGACUCAAGGGAACUCCCACUGGGCACCGUCCCACAGAGCUCGUCUUUGUCAGCCUCUCCUGUCCCAGCCAUCUCAGACCUUGGCUGCUCAAGGUGUCCCAUUUCAGCCCUGUCCUGGUGGCAGGGGGCUGCCAAAGCCUUGUGCUUCAUGUCCUCAUCACAGUGCAAUUUCCAGCAAGAGCACCUUUCUCACCACCCACCAGGAGCCUUAUUCUGGGAAGAUCCCACAAACAGACAGGUAGAAGCUAGUAAUCCCUCUUUGCUCAGCUGUGAUGACCAGAAGCCCCUGGAGAUACAAGUCACAAAGAGAGUUGAGAACAAGAUUUGGAAGGAAAAAGAAACAAAUGGAUCAUAUACCAAACAAAUGAGCCCAGAAUACCACAUGAAUUAUUUGGGAAAUAUGUUGAAAUCACUGGGUGCUGAGCAGGACACCACAACCCCCCAACCCUUCUGGAGCACAAAAGGCAAACCAGAGCAGCUGCCUGGGCCUCAGCAGCUCUCAUAUCCCAACGUCUUGGGGAACCAUCUAUGGAAGAAAUAUAACCAGCUUUUCUGGGGUCUCCCCUCUCUGCACAGUGAAUCCCUGGUGGCUACUGCCUGGAUCUCAGAGAGCUCUUCAGUACUAAGAUCUCCCUCUUUUUUAUUCAAUGGAAUCUCGAAUGCCUGCCCAGUUCAAAUGCAGGCUAAAAUAUCUCCAGUGCUUUCCCAGUCCCAGCCUCUGUCCCAUCUGGAGGUCCAAUCUCAACCCUUGAUUCCAAGUGUACCUCAAUACCAGCCUCCUCCUCUGGCUCAUGUCCAGACCCAUGCCCAUCUCCAAUCCUCUCCCCCAAUCCUACCACUUUCUUCUCCACCCCAGAUUAGGGCCUGUGGAAUAUCUUGCCCUGCACCCCAGAAUAAGACACAGUCUAUCAUCCCAGCUGAGAUUCAACAUCCAGAAUGGUCUUUGUUGCAGAAGCAACUAGAAAGUGGGGGGGCUUUAGACUCUGUAGUCAAAAGAUCUCGAGAAGUUUCUGGUGUCUUCACUUCCAGUCUUCCUCAGGACUGCUGGGUCGUCUCCAUCCUUCCAGAGAAUUUUCCAAUCAGUCCUGAGCUCCAGGAACAACUGGAGCAACACCUCAAAAAGUGGCUCAUGCAACAUCAGUGGGAGCUGCCCUGCAGUCUCCAAGAGUCUCUGGAACUGAGGCAGUUUCAGGACAAAUUACCAGGUUCAUGUCAGGUAAAGGGCAGGCAUGGACCCUCACAGCCCUCUUCAUUUACAGGUGAAAGCAGCAAGGAUGCACAGAAGGUGGGGUUCCAGCUAAACCAAGACCUGGGCAAGGGCCUGGGGCAUAUCCUGGGGAAGGUCCCAAAAGAUCUCUCCAGAGGUUCAGAAAGCUCCCUAGUGAAGUUUUGGGAGGUGAACUCUGAGGAGUCAGAAAGAGGUUUGAAGCUCUCAAGGAGUAACUCAGGAAGAGAUUUACUAAGGAACUUAGAUAAGAAUCUAGAAAGCUUCCUGAAAGCCCAUUUGAGCAGGAAGUUGGGGCAAAUCAGUGAGGGUUUGAUCCCCGUGAGUGUGCGUCGAUCCUGGCUUGCUGUCAAUGCUUCUCCCAAGUCUGACACUCAAAUGGAAACCAGAAGUCCAGGAAUCUUGAAGGGUUUGGGACCCAGCAUGAACACUUCCCCCAGGAUUUCCUUCCUCGUGCAGACACUCGAGAGUGCUGGAAGCACAUAUUACAAGGUUUUGGGUGAGGCACAGGUGGGGCCUACCCCUAAGGUCCUCAAGUCCGUAAAUGUAUUGAAGUUAAAAAAGGCUCAACUCUCACCCGUUCCACAGUCUGCCUUUCCUUCCUCAGCCACCUGUGUCUCUGGGGCCCACUCAAUGAUCAAGUUUGCUGAGUUCCGGGGAAAACCUCCCCAGGUCCAUCCCGGAGAGAAGAUGGUAACAGAAGAGUCAGUUUCCACCCUGUUGAGGCCUCUCCUUGCCCCCUCACUUGCAUGUGAGGAAGUCCAGAGGGCCCAAAGAGGGACCCCAUCUGGUGACAACUGUGGUCCCUUGAAGACCUCUCUGACUGGACAGCAGGGCAGCCCACCUCCUCAGUCCCUCACACUCAGCCUUGUGGGGAGAACUUGGCAGAGAGGGACUGUCGUGGAGGCUGAGAGGGGCAGCCUAGAGCCAAGUCCAAGUUUAGCAAUGGCCAGGAAUGAGCCAAGGGAAGAGAGUGGGGGUUGGGCCUCACAAGACCCCUGCAGUAGGGUAACAAUGCUAGAGAUGAACUUAGGAUCCCAAUCUUUGAGGGCCAAAGACACCAGUGAGGCAGCAGAGGCCAAAGAGUCCCCUGACCUUCAACCACAGUCUAGAGUCAUCUUGGGAACCAAUGUGCUGACAAAAUCUCAAACCAUAAAUGUGCAUAUGAGGAAUUUAGAGGCUCCAGGCACCAGUAAAAGUGUCUUACUCCCUAGAAUGUCUGUUUUCCAACGAUUCAGGAAAGCCAUGCCUUAA